AUGGCUCCUUCGAAUGACCAACCCCAAAGCGUCGAGUCGGCUUCCACAGUUACUUACAAAUUCAGCCUUGCUGAUAUUACAAAGUCAAAUGAUACAUACAAGCAACGCAUUUCCUCAUCUUCCCGUCCUAGCAAAUUGAACCGAGCUGCCAAGAACAAGCGCAGCACGCCGACCGGUACCCUAAUGGAUAGUCCCACAAUCAAAGAGGCAUCUGAAGAGGUUUUUGAAGGACGGGGCACCAUGGAAAAGGCUCCUAUGACAUUGUUUAGGCGGCGAAGAAACUAUCGAUCCCAAUUUCGGAACGAGCCAGAAGCCGGAUACGAACAUGGCGAUUCAAUGUUAAAGGAUCAGAGCUCAAAGCACAUCAAUCCCCGAACUGCCCAGUUUAUGAUGCGACGAGAGCAAGGAUUGAAGCGAUUACUAACUUUGAGUGAUGAUCAGACAUCGCAUGCCGAAAUCUUGGCUGAAAUAGUGGCUAGAGACACUGUCAAAGCGAGAGUUUUCAACAAGACGAACACCGGCUCAAAGUAA